CUGACUUCUUCCGUCACCACUGACGAUGACCACCCCUUCGCCUUUCGCCCGUGUCCCCGCGUUCGAUGAGCCCCGUCUCUCCGGGCGGGCGCAGACUAUCGAGGAAAUGUACAGCGUACCAGAGAGUUUCUUGGAAAUUGAAGUACGCAACCCCCAGACGCAUGGCUUUGGUCGGAAGAUGUACACCGACUACGAGAUUGUGACCAAGACCAACAUUCCGGCAUUCAAGCUCCGUCAUUCGCUUGUUCGCCGUCGUUACUCUGACUUUGAGGCCUUCCGUGAUAUCCUCGAACGCGAGUCCACCCGCGUGAACAUCCCUCCCCUCCCGGGCAAGGUCUUCACGAACCGUUUUUCAGACGAGGUGAUCGAAAGCCGGCGCGAGGGUCUGGAGCGGUUUCUGACCAUCGUUGCGGGCCAUCCCUUGCUUCAAACGGGAAGCAAGGUCCUCUGCGCAUUCCUGCAGGAUCCUGCUUGGGACAAGUCCCAAUGGAUCUGAAUGACGUAUCACUUGACCGACCUCCCAUGAACCUCCUAUCGCUUCGCUAUCAUGCCGCACUCGUGAUUGUUGCACACUUUCUCCUGUAUUCAUACGUUGGAUAUUAUUUUUCUAGAACACGACACACUCCGC